UACUACAAGGUGUAUGUGUGUGUUUUGUAGCGCACAUGAAAAGCCCUGCAUUGCGCGGGAUUCGAGCGGGUGUGAUUAGAAAGUUCGCGCUGCUGACUCAGAUCGCGGCAGAUCAGUCGCGACGCGAGUUCCUUGCCUAGUAUCUCGGAGUUUUUCACUGCAUCCGUCCCGGAACUUUACGAAUGCGCGAUUGUUUUCAGUGAACUUCUGGAAAAUAGUAUUUUUGUGACGGUUGGGAUUUUUCUCUUCGAGGUGCAGUAAUAAAGUAAACGUGAUGUUCGUUAGAUAAAGUUUAAUUACUGAACCCCUAAAGUGCAAAUAAUUAGCGGACUGUCGGGAUUAUCAUCAAUGUAAUUGAGUUGAGAAGAGAUAUGGAUGUUAAGUUGUGAUUUUGGUUAAACUUCUAGUUCAAGACAGAUUCAAAAUGGAGACCGAAGAACUCAUUAAGCUCGUUGAUGGUAUCUACAAGAAUAUUUUGGAUAAAUUUAAUCCGGGAGCACGCCAGAUGAUCAACGCCGGCAAAGCUUACCUAAAAGCUCUUCAUGGAACGGCGGCCGCCUCCCGUUUAUACGUGGAUGCUAUUAGCAAAUUAGCGCGACAGGCUCAGCAAGGAACUUGGGGUGGAUGUGCAGAUAUCGGGGCGGCGUUAAUGAAGGUUGUGGAGGUUUAUAAGGAGAUACAGGAUCAGCAAAUGAACAUUCUUAAAGCAUUCUAUGUUGACCUGCUGGUACCGUUAGAGACGAAUUUGGAGAAGGACACAAAAGUUGUUCAGUCGGAGCAGAAGAGAUUCUUACAGCAACACAAACAGCGAUCCGAAACGUACAGUAAGGCCGCCGCUACUAUGAAGAAGCAGCGCAAGAAAUCCAAGGGAACUUCCAAAGGUGGGCUAGCCAUGGACAAGGAACUAAAGAAUAUGCAAGUUCUUGAAGAGGAGAAAACCAAACUAGACUCAUUUUGCGAGCAAAGCUUAAAGAACGCAAUGACUCAAGAGCGACGACGUUACGGUUUCGUUUUGGAAAGACACUGCUCGCUAACCAAGCACUACAUGUCAUACCACGCCCAAGGUGUCGCCGCUUACCAACAAAACCUAGAUAAAUGGUCCGAGGUAGCGAAAACGCGCGAGUUUCUGCCCGAAGCUGUCGAAAACAUCUUCAGCAAUAAAAUCAGGCAAGUGUCGAUCUGGCAGGACGACGAUUUGUACUCAAAUCCAAGAAGUCCCCACUACGAUGAUGACAGAAUGAGUCUUAGUUCGCAACUGCGCAAAACGAAGAGCAUGGAUGCGUCUUGCCUCGAUAUCCGCUCAAUCGAGGAGGUCGGUUCGCCGGUGACCACGAUGUCGAGGGCCAAAUCUGACUUCAACCUAAACUCGUCCAUACCGUCACUUGUUCAAGAUUCUACUCCAACUCGUUGCCGUCCAAAAUCAAUGGCCGUUCCUUCGGUGCCUCCCCCUCAAUGGGAAACUCAACUGGCCAAAGCACUUUACGCGUAUUUGUCGAGUGGAGACAAUCAAUUAAGUUUCCUUGAAGGUGAUGUAAUUGCUUUAAUCGGUGAAAGAAAUAAGGGGUGGCAGUUUGGGGAAAACUUACGCACGCAGUGCACGGGGUGGUUUCCGCUAGCGUACACAGAGCUGAUGGACGAUUCCACUUUAUCGCCUAAACACAGGUCUGACAUAAGCGACUCAAACCAUCACGGAACUCUACGAUCCACCCCAUCGACAGGUACUAUAACCCCUUUAUCGCCUAGUGGACCCCAGCCUAGUAACACAGCUAACUUAGACAACCCCACACCUCGUAUGUUUGGCGACACUAUACACCUGCACAGAUCAUCUGCUAAUGCUAAACAGAUUCGUCGAGCAAUCGCUUCUAACAACAUUCCGCCGCCCGCCCUACCCGCUCCCGUUCCCACUCCCUCUUUACCAUAUCACAAAACUGGACUCUCCCAAUCGCACAGUACCAACUUUUCAAAACCAGAAAUGGACAUGUCUACGUUUCAAACUCCGUACGCUCAACCGGGCGGGUUAAAGAUGUCAACUUCCAGCUUCAGCUUCACAGCACCAUCCGGCGGUUCCUAUUCCACUCAUCCCCAGGUCACGCGUGUGGAAAAACCGCCUGGUAUCAACGCUCUUCCCAUUCACCUGCAAACAAAGGGCGGUAAAAUUGGAGGACCAGUGGGGAACGUCUCCCUGCACAGCAGCAACGAUUCGGGUUUCAGCAACGAUCCCCCGCCGCAGCCCGAAGUGGACUACUCGGACGAUGACUCAAUUCCUGGACAAACGAAGGUGCCGGCAAGACGUCGUCGUCCUAGCUUACACGAUGACAACAACAACCGCAAAAAAUUGCCAUCGUCUCAGCCGCCCAUUGACGACACCCGCAAUUACUUAUCUGACGACCAGAGCAUCACGUGGAGGACAAACGAUGACAAGAAGGGUUUCGUCAAGCGCACGAAAUCCUUCUGGAGAUUUGGUAAGAGCGGAUCUGAUAAUGAAGUGCUGGAAGGGAUGGCUUUGUGGAAGCAUCGCGAUUUGGUCGAUAUUGACGAAAAGAAAAAGCACCAUUCGACUAUAGAUAGAAAGGGAAUUAAAGGUUCGCGUAAAAGUCGCGAUCGAUCUAACGACUCCGAUAAAACGCUAAACGCCAAACAGCACGAGGAGAGUAAUGUUAGAAUCCGUCAUCAACGAAAGGUCGCUAACGAAACCCAUAAAACGCGCGGCAGAAAUGGGAAUUUAAAUCAGGACGACUUUGAAAAUCAUUUUGAUAAACCGAAGACGAACGGGGAUCAGUUUUACGAUCACGAGGAUGGACUAAUAUUACGCACGGUUAAUCGAAAAAAUAUUCUGCAGCAAUACGACAACGACACCGGGACCGAUUCGGAUAGCGAAACUGAAAUAACCAGCGACGAUCCUUACGAUUGUAUAGUCGUGGACGAUCAGGCGCAAAAAAUUAAACGGAACACGGAACAGUUCCCCAACGUCGCGGCAAUCGGGAAGAAGCUGGAAAAGCUGUCGAAAUCGUCCAAGUACUCCCCGGACAAGCAGAAGAGCGUCGCAAACCGAAGUUCCACAAUGGAACGGAGCGACCCAAUUCACGUGAAGAAUGAGAAAAAUAAAGUGGAAAAUCGCAGCAACACCUUGGAGCACUCGGACAUUAUGAAGUAUCGCGAGGAGACGCGAACUUUCAAAACUUUCAGAGUAGAGGUCGAGAACAGCGAGAACGGCGAGAAGGAGGUAAACGAAAACGACAGAUUCUACAAAUCCAAGUAUUACAAGAAAAACAACGAAAUAGAUAAUUUAGAGCGCGAAAGGCGUAUGAGAUCGAGUUAUGAGAGCAUCAAUUCCGAUACUGAUCAACACGACGUAAGAUCCGUUUCGAAGCGCGCCACCAUCGAAACGGAUAAUCGUGAUAAGAUGAGGUAUUACAACGAUAGAAAUCGCGACACGUCGGCCGACGAGUUUUCCGACGCCAUCGAAAGUAGACAGUUCCUGCCGAGAACUAAGCUCACCAAAACGAACAGCGGCGGUUCGAACUCGAACGCCGCCGAUGCCGGUCUAAUGAAUUACGGCGAGAGCAUGAAGCGACGCCUGAAUGGAGGCGAACACGCGACUAAAUUUAACGAAAAAUCAAAUAGAAGCGGAAAUACCUACGGGCCCUGGUACGACCUUUGGGGGCUAGACGCUUCUGUGCGAAAGUAACCCUCUGGUGCCAGUUUUUAUUUGCUUGCUUGCUGUAGCUGCAUGGCAUGACGUUUCCUCUUCCACUUACAUUUCGAUUUGCUUUUUUUCAGAUCUGACAUGUUUGCAACAAUUAAAGCUCGAAAAACUAAACCUUGCGAACAGUCGUCAUUGAUAGUCGAAUAAGCUUCAAACUAACAUUAUCAUUAAUCUAGUCUAACUCCGCUUCCUUCAACUGACACAUCCUGCGAAAGGCACUACUGCGAUUGACUACAACGAUUAAGCGCAUGAAAGUGACUUUUUAAUUUAUUCGAAUGCAUUUAGUUUAUUGUACAUACAUUUAUUAUUGGUGGUUGGGGUGGUGCAAUAAAAAACAAUUGCAACACAAACUUACUACUGUACUUGCUUUUCUACUUUACACCUUGUUUUUUGUUGACAUACUCGCAAUUAUACUAGUAAGUUUGGCAAAUUGAUAAUUAUGUGUAAAUAAUUGCAAAAUUUACGUGUAUAUAUAUCGGCUUCUAUAAAAUGGGCGCCCUUGUAAAUUUAUAAUCUGUAAAAUACUAGAAAUUUAAGUGUUCUUGUUGUAAUAUGUACUUAAAUGUGAACUUCAAAUAUUACAUUAUUAUUUACGGGGUAAAGGGUUAAUUUUUUCAAAAUGAGAACUGUUUUUAUAUCGGAUAUACGCCUAAUUAAUAAAUAAUUACCACUUAC